UCUUCAUUAAAACGGAAGCGGAGAUAGCUUGAUCUCUCUUAAGUCUAGACUGUAAAGAGCCGUCGGACUUUGUUCAAUUGCCUACGAAUUGGGCAAGUUGUACCUUUUUUGGCGCAGCGCCGAGGAGACGCCACUUUUCUUUUCACGCACUUGAAGGGCUGUGGGUGUGUAUGCAGUAAUGUCUUGAAGAAAGGCCAAUCUUUAGUAAGUAGCGCGUUUAAUUUGCUUACCCACCAAAACAGAGGCACCACCACACUUCUUUUCUUUUUUCGGGUUCAACUUAACCGGAUCAAAUCAAGAGCCAGAAACAUUCUCCGAAACGAACGGACACCGCUUCAUUUCUCAUCACUUCAAUCAUCAUCUUCUAUUCUGGAUACAGUCUUUCUCUCCCCCCCUCAACUGUGCCGGUCGUGUGGGUUGUGAAUCGUUCAAAUGCCCGUCGCAGCUCCUUCUGCUGCUGCAAAAGCAGUUGCGGCAAAGUAUGAAGACAUAGCGACAAAAUAUAACGAUCAUCAAGAAGAUGUAGAUAAAUUGCAAAAAGCUGCUUUGGAAGAGGUUUUGCCGGCAGUACUAACAGAAGUGGGAUUACAAGAUGAUCCACAAGCUAGUAAGCAUGUUAGGCAAUUCUUGAAAGAUAGAGGUUUGGUAUUCCGCUUCUUGAGGAGAUCACGCUAUUCUACUUCAACUGCACUCGAUAUGCUCACUGCAACACUCACAUGGAGACUUCGAACAGAUUUGGAUUCUCUCUCCUUGUCGUCAUUGCAUCCACUGUAUGCAUCACCUCCCAAUCGGCCGCCGUUGUUCUGGUGCAAUACACAAUCGUUCGAUCUAUAUGGAAGACCACUAGGUGUGAUCUCAUUGCAAAGUCUUGAACGUGUAACACACGAUAAGGGACAGGCAGGACUUGAUGAAUGUCGAGAAUACAUCGUAGGAUGCAUGGAAAGCGUACGUAGAUAUCUUGCUGUUCAAUAUGCACAAUCAGUUCAGAAUACUGGAUCUCGCAAGAUAGACAUUGAUAGGGUACGCGAACUUAGACGGCAAGAUGGUGAAAAUGCAGAUGUAAAGAAUCGUCCUCCACCUCUACAAAUGGUCAUCGUCUUCUCACUGGCUUCUUCGGGUAUGGCAAAUUUGGAAAUGGAAUUGUUGCCUUUCUUGUUGGACUUGCUCAAGAACCACUUUCCUGGUAUGGUGGGAGCAGUGUACAUCCUACACUUUGGAUGGGUUCAUUCGGGUAUGUGGGCAAUCGCCAAAAGGGUCUUACCACAACAAGCUUUGGCAAGGAUAUUCUUCCCAAACAGCAAAGAAUUAGCUGAACAUUUUGAUCUCAAGAGGCUACCAGUAGCAUUGGGCGGAGAACAAGAUAUCGAGAUGAGCGGAGAGACGAAUGAUGUGAUGAAAAAGUAUGCUCGGACUCAUUGGCUUACUCGAUCAUCACGCAGUGGCAGUCAAACUGAUCUCUCAAAGCGGAGUGAGCAAAAGGAAAACGGCCAACUUAACGGAAAUGAUGAAGAUGCGGAAGAUGAGGAUGAUCUUGACAAUUUGGAAUCCAACAGUGCUCCACCAAGUCCCAAAUACCGCUCAGGCACAUCCACUCCAGCUUUGCAAUCCAGUCGUACUCCACGCUCGUUAAGUCGGGUUGGCAGCUUUGACAGUUUGAUGGAUGAAUUUCACAGUGUGACCAAUUCCCCAAAAUUGUCACGAAAUGCCACCCCGAGACAUUCUCGACCAACAACACCCCAUGCUGAAAUGAGCGGAUAUCAUUUCACAAUGGCAUUUCCCACUACUGAAGGUGGUGAGAGUGCUGGCUCUACAUCCACUUUACGUCUGCCGCCUUCGGCUGUGAACAAGCUGCACCGCUUGCAAAUGACUAGAGGUCAUGAUGCCAGAUUACGAACGAUUUCAGAUGCUGCCAAUAUUCAUGAUUUAGGGGGAGGUGAAAGGUCAAGUGCAAGUGCAUCGCCGAUCAUAAGUAGAAAUGCAAGUCCAGAAAGACGUAGACAGAGACGUAGAACGAUGACAGGUCAAAGUGGACGUGGAAGUAGAAAUGUUCGAUUUGAAGGAGGAGGAGGUCAAGAUUCAAACAGUGAAGCAACUGAAACGGAAUUUACACAUAAAGGUAUCCCUAUCAAACGGGUUGGAUCUUUGCGUGAUUUUAGAUUGUUGGAAAAUGAUUUGGCGGGCGUUGAUGAUGGUAUUCUUGAUACGAGCGAUAGCAAUAGCGUAAACAGUGAUGAAGAGAGUAGCAAGAGUGGUAAAGCCGGACAUAAGGGAUCGGCCGAUAAGGAAGCCUCAGCAAGCCGUACAAGGCGUUUCUUUUCCUUGUGGCGAAGAGGAACCCAACCUGCAACUACACCAAAAGAUGCAGAGAAGAAGAAGGUGGAGUCAGUCGAAAAGCAAGGAGAGACGGAAGAGGAAGAAGACGGGGAUCUGACAUUGCUGCCACCUGAGCCUAUCGCUCCGGAUUCGCCGCGUUUGCAAGUGCCUGACAUUGAAGAGCCUCCUUUGAGCGAGCUGACCGGAACAUUCUCAAGACGUUCACGUUUGUAUGGAUCACUACCGGGACAUGUGAGCCCGUACAACAAAGCCAACCCAUUUUACGGAUAUCCAGCUUACCCUGUCAAUGCAAGCGGAAGUGGAACGACAGCAACGGAGAACGAUCCUCGUAAACGCUAUCAAUUCCGUCGACGUAAGCGUGACUUGGUGCGAACACUCAUUUACCUUUUCGUCUUGCGUCUUUUGGCGUUGCAUCGUCAUGUUCGAUCAGCACUGCUCUCAUCUUAUCGACUUGCGAUUCGCGCUGUUGCGGUAGGUGGCAGAACACCAGAAGAAGAAGAUCUUACACAAACACAACAAUACAAACGUUAUCAAAGUCUAAGGAGUGCAUCCACACGAUUUUUAUCCGAUCGUGAUCGUAGAGAAAGUCAAGAAACCGUAAGUGCUAUUCAAAAGCCCAAACCAAAACCACAACCUUUGGUAGCUUUAGGUUUUCGUAAACGAUAUGCCGUUUUGAUGAUCAUUAUCGCUUUCACUUUAUUACGCAACGAAUGGAGAAGCAGAAGAAGAAGAUAUUGAAUGGUUCCCGCAUCUUUUAAUUAUGAAUAUUACAAAUUUUAUUCUUAUUCCUUUUUUAAUCUUGUACUAAUUUUACACAUGUAAUAUCAUCAGCAUGCAUGCAAAAUGAUUUCCUGCU